AUGGCUCCAGAGGAUGACGUCAUGGAUGAGCAUAAUGAACGCGAGAGCGUUCCGACUCAAGCAGAACCCGGCGCGGAAGGCGUGCAAGAUCGUGACGCGAGUGGCGAUCCGUCCGGAACUGAAGCGGGAAAUUCAGAUGCGGAGCUUUCUGGAGAAGGUUUUGAAGGGAAAGACACUAACAAUAUAACAGAUGCCAGUGCAGACAACGAUGAUGAUGCUGGUGGAGUUGAUACCAGGGGAGCUGAUAACGAAAAUGUUAAUAACGGUGUCGACGGUGCGGCUGAAGGUGAUGAAGUCGAUGCUAGGUCAGCGGAAGCGGAAGCCGGAAACGGAGCAGCUAAUACCGAAACUGGAUCGGAUAUCGAGGCGGAGAAGCACAGUGAAGCAGCUGACAACCAGAUGAACGGGCUUGUAACGGAUGGAGCUGAGCCUAAGGUGAAGCAAGAAGAUUCAGACAAGGAACCAGAGGGUGAAGCGAAGGGCACGGAUGCUGAAGGGACGGAAGCGGGUGCUGAAGCAGCGGUCAACGCAGUCAACGGGUUGCUGGCGGGGGUGCUGGUGGAGUAUGUCACAGAGAAGCCGGAGAUUGAGGGAGAAGGAUUUGAGGAUUUUCUGAAGAUCUUUGAGAAGUUUGCCACUGUGGAAGAGCCUAAGGAGGAGGAGAAGGAGGAUGAGGAGAAGGCAGAGAAGAAAAAGGCAGAUUCGGAUGAUGAGGACGAUGAUGAGGAGGAGGAGGACAAGGAGAAGGGCGUCAGCAACAAGGAGAGGAAGAUGAAGAACAGAAUGAAGGUGGGCGAGCUGAAGCAGAUCUGCGCGCGCCCAGAAGUCGUGGAGGUGUGGGACCCCACAGCAUCGGACCCUCGCCUGCUUGUGUUCCUCAAGGCGUAUCGCAACACCGUGCCCGUGCCUCGCCACUGGUCGCAGAAACGCAAAUACCUCCAGGGCAAGAGGGGUAUCGAGAAGCCUGUGUGGCAACUCCCGGACUUCAUCGCUGCGACAGGCAUUGAGAAACUCCGACAGGCGUAUGCAGAGAAGGAAGACAGCAAGAAGAUGAAGCAGAAGCAGCGAGACCGCAUGCAGCCCAAGAUGGGGAAGAUGGACAUCGACUACCAGGUGCUGCACGAUGCGUUCUUCAAGUACCAGACGAAGCCCAAGCUCACAUACGUGGGCGACCUGUACUACGAGGGCAAGGAGUUUGAGAACAAGGCUCGGGAUUUCAAGCCAGGCCACCUGUCGAGUGCACUGAAGAACGCACUGGGGAUGACCGACAGCAACUCGCCUCCUCCGUGGCUCAUCAACAUGCAGCGCUAUGGCCCACCACCCUCCUACCCGCACAUGAAGAUCCCGGGACUCAACGCCCCCAUCCCUGCAGGCGCCUCCUUUGGCUACCAGCCUGGAGGAUGGGGCAAGCCGCCUGUGGACGAGUACGGUCGGCCAUUGUAUGGAGACGUGUUUGGGUCGCAACCAGCACCCGAGGAAGACCAGUUUGAGGAGGAACCAAUUGAUCGGUCAAAGCACUGGGGCGAUCUGGAGGAAGAGGAAGAGGAGGAGGAAGAGGAAGAGGAGGAGGAGGAAGAGGAGGAGGAGGGAGAGGAGAAGGAAGUAGGAGAGGAGGAGUUGCAAGCCGGCAUCACGUCUAUCGACUCGCUCUCCACCACGCCAGCAGGAGUGGAGACGCCAGACGUCAUCGACCUGCGCAAGGCACAGCGCAAAGACGCCCCUGAAAAGCCCCUCUACACGGUGCUGGAGGAGAAGGAGGAGCGAGUGGCACCCACUACCCUCAUGGGCACAACACACACUUAUGUGGUUCCUCCGGUGGAUAAGCCAGGGGCCCCUAAGAAGGAUGUGAAGAAGGGCGACCGUGUGGAGGUGACACUGGCACCAGAGGAGCUGGAGGAGCUGGACGACGCUGCUCUUGCUGCCAAGUUCAAGGAGGCUAAGGAUGCAGAGAAGCAGCCUGAGGAGAGGGAGGACUUCAGUGAUAUGGUGGCAGAGAUGGAGAAGAAGCGCAAGCGCAAGGCACAGGACAAGGACAAGGCAGUCAAGAAACAAAAGGACUUCAAGUUCUAA